UAUGAAGAUGACGAUCAGUUAAUACGCCGAACGACGGAGGAAAUCAUUGAUACCCUUGCUCAAUGCUGCGCAUGUUGCCCAUCACCAAGCGGAACGAGCACACCUUGUCGAUAACCACCGCAGCACUGAUUUCCAGUACACAGCUCGCUUUCGCUAUGCGACCAGCGGCAGUGACCCAGGAAACAACAACUGAUCGCUAAAAAAAGACAGUUCACGUGUUGCGGAGAUCGCGGCUAAAGACAAACAAAGACAACCUUGCUUAGCGGGUCGUCCACCGCCAUUAGAGCCUCUUGCCUCUAUACAGCCAUCUUCCCCUUUCAUACCUGCUUUUUUUCAUACUUUUCUCUUUCGUUGCUAGUUAAUGAUGAGUUAUAGGCCACCUCCACCUCAAGGAGCCCCGCCGUCGUAUGCGUUUGUUACACGGGUGUAUCAACGCAAUCUUCGGCCUGUGGUGCUGAUAUGCGCUUUCCUGAGUGCCCUGUGGGCAUUAUUCUCGUAUAUUGGAAACUUUAGAAGCAUCUCAGUAGCAAAAGACCAGGGGUUCGGGACACUGGUCACUUUUGGCAUUGUGUUAGGAGUUCUUCAUAUAGGAGUUUUCGUAUGUGAACUGUUUGGAAUGUUUGCAGCCUAUACUCAACGGCUCCCACUCAUCCGGAUAUACGCCUUUGUCUCUGUUCUGGCGACAAUUCUUGUUUUUGCUGCUGGACUGGUUCAGAUUAUAAUUCACUUUAGUCUCAAGGCAUGUAAUGAUAUAAUCAAUGAGUGCACUAAAUCUUCUACCAAUGAGGACGUCCUCUAUUAUCCAUUUGGAUUCUUGGGUCCAGUAUCUCACGAUACUCUUACUCCAGCUGAGGCGAGGGAAUGGUGCAGUGAUGCGUGGGACCACGACUCUUGGGCCGACGUUGUCUCUCUUAUUAUCACGUUGAUUCUUGCCGGCAUGUUCAAUGCGCUAGCGUUUGCCUAUUACCGCCAGGCUUUAGAUCCUUCAAGUGUUGCUAAUGCCAUGCGUGCUCCGUCCAACCAAGUGCGCGCAUCCGCCUUCCCUGCGCAUUACAACCCGCCAUACAAUGCUUCCGUGCCGAACUUGGGAUACGGCUACAACAUGCCAUACGCAGGAGGUCCAUUCCAGUCCGCACCUGCAUACGCGCCGCCACCCGGGCCUCCGCCUCACAUGGAUGACGGCAAGCUUCCUGGAUAUGUUGGAGGCGAUGGCAAAGGAGCAUUUGCCGCAGAAAAGGACGACAAUCCCUUUGCCGACUUUGAUGAUGGUCCCAGUAGAAGGACUGCUGAGAGAGAUGUCACGGAUUCGAGUCCCCGGAAUACCUUUCACUAA